UUCGUUCAUUUGCUCUCAUAAUUCGGCUGGCAUUUCUUCCCGUUGAACUUUAUAGCGGGGGAGCAAAUUUUUCCGAAAAUUGGUGCCACCUCCAUCAAAUACUACUAACAAUUUUUGGAGGAAUGGAGGAGAUUGUUGCCGUCAAUUAUCAAUCAUUUUUGGGUCAUAGAGACAAUAAAAUUUUAGUAAUAUUUGCUCUUAUUCUAUGGUUAGAAAUUAGCUUUGCGUCGGUCGUUGAAGUUUCUA